AACUUGGAGAAGCUGUUUGCGUCACAAGCAAUUUUAGCAGAAGUAGCAUGAUACAUUAGAUGAGACAGUCUUAAGGAGCUGGGUCGGAGACAAGACCGAGAGAAAUGGAGGAGGAUAUUAGAAAGAAGGGGAUGCUGUAUUUACAACAGCAGCGGUUUGGGAAGAAAUGGCGUAAGGUCUGGUCCGUGCUGUACCGAGAGAGCUCCUGCUCCAUCUCUCGCCUCGAGUUUUUUGAGUUUAAAGAGGGAGCUGGCAACAAUCUGGAGAAAGCCAGCCGCAAACAGGAAAACAAAAAGGUGAUAAAAAUGAAUGACUGCAUUCGUGUUUCGGAGGUUGAAUUUGAAGGCUGUCCACGGGAUUGUGGACCUUUUUUGGUGGAGACAACUGAAAAGACAUUUAUUUUCGCUGUUGAGAUUGCUGAACUUGAGGACUGGAUCCAGAAGCUGUGUGAAAUCGCCUUUCCGAUGAGCUGGACAGAGAGAGGAACAGUGAGAGGAAACAGUUUACAAGCUGAAUCUGAUGACGUCACGAUGGCCGACAACACUCUCUACUGCAGCAGAGAAACUGCAAUGAAAGACUUUAAGGUGACGGUGAGGCGUACAGAGGCUUCUGAGAGAUGUGGCCUGAAAGGAACAGUGCUGUUACGGACUGAUUUUGAUAGCCUCCUUCUGAAGGAACCGAAGAUGGGAGAGGUUCUCUACUCCUGGCCCUACCGCUUCCUCCGCAGGUUCGGACGAGACAAGGCAACUUUCUCCUUUGAGGCUGGGCGAAGAUGCGACUCGGGGGAAGGCAACUUUGAGUUCGACACAAAGCAAGGAAACAAUAUCUUCCAAUCUGUUGAGGCCGCCAUCAAUCUACAAAGAGCCAAUAUACCUCAGAAGCAGAUAUCAGGUGGGGAGCGAGAUACUGUGCCCCCUUCAACUAAAAUGAGAGCUGUGGCAGAAGAUGCAUGUAUCUACAGUGUGGUGACUGAGGGAGUAAUCAGAGAUGGAUCCAAACAGCCUCAGAUCCCUCAGCAAACCAGACUUGAAGCCAAUGCAGAGAAACUUCUGACCGGAGUCAAGAGCCUGACCCUGGACACCAGGCCUGCACCACGAAAGAGCCAGGUCAAGAACUUCCGCAGCUGUCCUUUGGUAAACAGUGAGGAUGAGAUGUAUUCCCGGGCCAUGGCCCCUGAUCCAGAUCGGGGAAGUCCAGGGGAGAAAAGAGAACCAAAAGACCAAGGUUCCACAUUCUCCAACUCUGAGUACUCUGACUACUCACUGCCCUUUGACAACAUUGCCAAGAAUGUUUUGGGAGACAUUUUGUCUGCAUCAAACCCUCCACCCAUGUUCGUAGAACCCAGUGGUGAAAAUGACAAGAAAGGCAAUAUAGAAAACACAGAACCACUUUAUGACAUUAUAGAUGAAACUGCAAUCAGAAACCGUUUCUCAAACAAAAAAACACAUCCUUACAAAAAAAUGGAGCACAUUUAUGAUGAACCAGAGGGUUGUGGUGUGGCUCCAAGUGUGCCUCCGUCACUCUAUGAUGAACCAGAGGAGGUCAAAGGUCACGCUUGGAAGAUGUUAGGCACAGUAAUGGAUCCGAGUGGUCAUGAGUACCCAUACAAUGCUUCUGCCGACGACUAUGCAGUUCCUAAACCUCCCAGGAGGGCCUUGCUCUCAAAGCAGAAGGACAAUGAGGAAGAGGACAGUUCCCCCUAUGAUAACAUUAUGGUGAAAGGAGUGCAAAAGAAUAACUAAGGACUGCUUCAGAAUCUACAAAGGACAAUGAAGUAAAAUAUAAGUGAGUGUGCGAAUGAAUGAAUGAAAUAUUUAAUCAGUUAAUACGCAGAAAUUGGAUAAUAGUCAUCAGAGUGCUUUACUGUUCUUUAAAAAGCUGUGAUCUGCAUCGCGUAUCAUUAUGUUGGUCAAGAUGAUUGACAGUUCAAUUCCUCUUUGCGGGGUGAAUCAAUGUAGCCCCGACUUUUACCAAAUGCGCAAAAAUUGCUCUGUAACUGUUUUGUCAUUAUUUCAAUCACAGACACACACUUAGUAAAUUAGCCUUGUUUUAGAACAUUUUUAUUUGUAGCCAUUAUUUGUAGUGUUAUUAACAUUGCGCUAUAUUGAUCAUGUAAAUGUUUAUUCUUCAGAUGAUGGUAAAGUGUGAAAUAAUCGCUGUUUAUUCAAACAAGCACAAUUUUGGCUGUUUAAGUGCACCCAUAAUCUAUAAUCAUCUAAUUGCACUAAAAUAGCCAUAUGUAGUGAAUAACCUUUAAGUGCAAACACUCCUGUUUUGUGUAAAUUAGGCUAAUUAUAGACAACACCUUAUUCCAGCGCUAUAAACAUUGCAUUAUCUUGAUCAGGGCCCGUAUUCACAAAACAUUUAUUUUACCACUAAGAGUUCUCCUAAGUAGCAGUAAAAAAUUUAUCUAAGAGUUUUCUCUUAAAACCUAUUCACAAAGCUGCUGAGACAAACUUUUAGAGAGAAAGGGCGGGGUUGAUCUCGUUGCCAUGGAUGAUGUCAGCUUGCUUACUGUCUAUGCCCAGUCUCUGUCAGAGAUUUAUGCAUAGAUUAUUGAUGAGUGCAAUAUUAUGUUGCCAUAUUUAAAUAAAGGUUUAAAAAAAAAACAAAAAAAAA